CAGCCGUGUCAGUCGGAGCAUGUAGCCAUGUGCUUUUGUUAUGCGCAGACAAGUCUAUGCUUGCGAGGACAUUGCGCAGGACGUGAUUCCUGUGGUUAUUACAGAGAGCGCUGGGUUAUAUAUAUGUCCCCGUGUAUUUGGCGGGUGUUAGGUGAAUAACAACAUACUACGACAUAUUAAGUGAUUGUUAGGUACUCGGCAAAGACGUCUGUUUGUGGAUUUUGUAUCCGAUGGAGUUUUACCUGUAAAUUGAUUACAGGUAUGUGUACCUGUCUAAUAUAAAGUUGAGAACACCCACAGUAGUCGUACACAUGUGACUGGCAUACAGUGACAGUUCGCCGUCCAAAUCUCGGAUGAUAUUUUUCUACAAAAUGUUGUAUUAUAUAUCUAGGUAUAAGUGGACAAUGUGACUUACACACAAUGUACUGGAUUAUCUGUGUGUACGUUGUGUUGGUGUGGAGCCUAGCCCCUGGCCAUGCAUUGGACAUCACCCGUCACCCUAGCAACAUCACAGUAGAAGAACGCCAUCGUGCUACAUUGCACUGCGAUGCACAGGGUUUUGGUGAAAUCAAGACAGUAUGGUAUCACAAUGGCAAACGCAUGCGUCCUCAUCCCAAAAACAACAGCAACAACAUCAACAUCAACUACAAGAUUAAGAGAAAUGGCCGCCUGAUCUUUAUUGACACCCAUGUAGAGGAUACUGGGUCUUAUUACUGUAAUGUCAGUGAUACUACUGGACUGUACACACUGUCCGGGAAGGCCUACCUCCAGGUGGAUGUACCUGCACGUUUCAUAGAGAAGGGUCCCCAUGACCGCCAUGUCAAAUUUGGAGUGGCUGUGGAACUGACAUGUAUUGUGACUGGUGUACCGAAGCCUACGAUCAAGUGGUUCAAAAAUGGCAUCUGGCUACAUAAGCCCUACCCCAUGGGGAUGGAAAUCACUUACAACAUGUACAAGGCCACAGCCUCCGUAGAGUUUACUGGAACUGAAACAGAAUUGUCUCGGCUCUGGAUUGGGAAUGUCACAGAGGAAGCGAUAUACAACUGUACUGCUGUGAACACACCAAAGGGAAGACCAUUUCCAAUUCACCGUGAAGCGAGGGUUGUACCUAUCCCUGUCAAUACAGUAGAAGUCCAUGCUGGAACAGCCAAGCCUCCACAAGGACAAGCCCCCCAAUGUCUACCCUAUAACGGCAGUGUGUGUGCCUCAGUCCUUGGGUCACGCCAGGUGUAUAUCCAGCGGUCCAUCCAUGAACUUGAGGAUCGUGUCCAUGCACUUAUCCAUGAUUUGACAACAUCACAUGCCCCAUCUACAGAGAAUCGUUGUCAUGAGGCAGCACAGAAAAUCCUAUGUCAGUUCCACUUCCCAGAGUGUAUUGAAGCAGAAGAACCAGAAAAGAAGCCAACACCCAAACAUCUCUGCAGGGAGAGCUGUUUGGGUGUAAAGGAGCUGUUAUGUUUUGACCAAUGGUUACUGGUCAUGAACAAAGAAAAUCUCCAGUACUCUCUUCCCGAGUGUGAGGAACUACCUAGCAAAGUCGGAGUCAACGCUUCCUGUGUAGAUUCUCAGCUUUUUAUGAGGAAAGAUGAAGAGGUGACAAGUACAUGCUACAAAGGUCGAGGACAGUGGUACAAUGGUACACUCAAUGUGACUAGGUCCGGCAAGGCCUGUCAGGCUUGGGCAGCCAGCUUCCCUCAUACUCAUCGUCGACCACCCUCUGUUUUCCCAACACUACAGAAUUCUGAAAACUACUGUCGGAAUCCUGGGGCAGAGGAGAGUUCCCCAUGGUGUUACACCAUGGAGAAACAUUCACGUUGGGAAUUGUGUGAUAUUCCAAAGUGUGCAAACCCUGUACCACAGGAUGAAAGGGAGACGGAGGAACAGCCUCGUUUUACCUUGUUGGCCAUAUUGAUUGUUACCAUAGUAACCUCAGUUGGUGUUUUUGUGAUUGGACUCAUAAUUGUGCUGUGUUACCAAAUCGUUAGCCAGCGUAAACAACAGGUCAAGUACAACAGCACUCCUACUGAUGACCUUGAUAUUGACAUUGACAAGUUGACACCAAACAUCUCCUACCAUAAGGUGUCUGAAACACUUAAAUUAAGUCCAAAGCUUGAAGGAUUAGAAUAUCCAAGGAAUGAUAUUGUGUACAUCAAAGAUAUUGGACAGGGUGCUUUUGGACGUGUUUUCAAAGCAAAAGCUCCAAAUCUUUCAAAGGAUGGUGAUGACUCAAUCAUUGCAGUAAAGAUGCUAAAAGAUGAUGCUUCAGAUGACUUAUUGCAAGACUUCAGCCGAGAAGCCUCCUUAAUGGCCGAGUUCAAGCAUCCAAAUAUUGUCAAACUGUUGGGAGUAUGUGCAAUUGGAAAACCCAUGUGUUUGUUGUUUGAGUACAUGACAAAAUGGGAUUUGAAUGAGUACUUAAGACGUUCCAGUCCAGAGCACUAUAUUGUGAUGCGUCCUGCUGUGAAUGUGUACGAGGAGUUACCACUACUGGACAAUGUUGACCAGUUGUACAUCUCAAUGCAGAUAGCUGCAGGCAUGGUGUAUCUCUCCGAGAGAGGUUAUGUUCAUCGUGACUUAGCAACAAGGAACUGUCUUGUUGGGGAAAAUCUGACCGUAAAAAUCGCAGAUUUCGGUCUAGCACGGAGUGUGCACACUAUUGACUACUAUAAAGGUAGCGAACAUGACGCAAUCCCGAUUCGGUGGAUGCCACUGGAGUCCAUUCUCUACAACAAGUUUACUGCAGAGUCUGAUGUCUGGUCAUUUGGUGUUCUCAUAUGGGAGAUUUUCUCAUUUGCCCUUCAGCCAUACUAUGGUAUGACACAUGAAGAGGUCAUCAAAUUCAUAAAGGAUGGUAAGAUGUUGGCAUGUCCUGAAAACACACCAAAGCAGGUGUAUGACUUGAUGCGCCUUUGCUGGAGUCGCAAACCAAUGCAUAGGCCGCCAUUCCCAACCUUGUACAGCUCAAUCAAGGUCAUGCAUGAUGAAUUGCAAAAGAAAAAAAUUCGAGAAAAAGUGUGACCAAAAAAGGAGGCAAACAACUUUGUGAUUUAUUGGGAAAAUACAACUUUGUAAAGAUGAAGAGAAAAUGUGAUUUAUUUAAGUAUGAUCUGUAAACUAAUGAACAAAACUGGAAGAGAGUAUGAUAUACUUCACUGAGGAAAUUGGUGGGAUGGUGUUCAUACAGUUAUAGACUUCCAUGGGUUUAGCUCAGGUUUUACUAACCCAAAAGGACUGCCAGUACAUUUUUAACAAUCCUAUUGAUCUUGUAUAGAACUGUAGUACUGAUAUUAUUAUGUAAUUCACCGACAAAGUUUGAAGGUCAAAUCUGUCCGAAAGUUGUAAAUUUAGUAUCUGUAGGGAAAACAUUUUGGGGAGAAGCUUAAAUGUGAAAUACUUUUAUGAAACUUAAAGUAUUUAAUUUGUAUGAUCAAAAAGUGUUUUUUUCCUCAGAUAUAUA